AUGAGUGAGUGGAUUAUUGGAGUGCUUACAUUAGUUAUUUCAUUAUUACUUACUUUAUUAUUUGUCGGCUUUGGUUGGUAUUUAAUUUGGAAAUAUUUACUCUCACGAUUUUGGUUUGUUAGAGUUUUAUUCGGAUAUUCCGUUGAAUCCGAAGGAGAAAAAUCUACCCCUAAAAUUAACAAGACUAGGCCUAAAAGACUUCGAACUAUUAAUUGA